AUGAACGUAAAAGAUGAAGCCUGGCAGGAACAGCAAAGGCAGAUUAAGAGUAAUAAAGACAGAUCAAAAGCAUACAGGAAGAGGAAGAAGGAAUUCUUUAAAGACCUAGAACAGAAGGCUAACAACCUAGAACGGGAGAAUGAAGACCUCAGGGCUGAGAAUAAGCGUCUUCAAGAGAUAAUAGAGCAAGGAAAUUUUGGGAAGAAAGAGUUUAAAACGAAACUUGAAGAGAAUGAAGACUAUGUUUACAACAACAUUAUGCAGAAGAUCAAGAAGGAUCCAGAGAGUCUCAGACUGACCAUGAUCAGCCAGGCUUAUGAGGACAUUGGAGAGUAUAGUGCUGCACGAAUCGAGAUUAUUAAGCAACAUUUUAAGAGUAUCUUGGAUAACAUCGCAUCUUUCGAUAAUAAGGUAGUGCACUGUUGUUUCAAAGGAAUGUCGGCAUCAGAGUUUGUCAGGAAACAGAGAUCUAAGAAAAGGAAUAUUAAGUUCGCUAAAAAAUAUGAAACUGCAAAAGAUUUAUUUACAGAGUACGACUUCUCAGACCUAUUUAUCAAAGCUGUUGAGAAUGGAACGACUGACUACUUGAAGCCCUUUAGAAAAAUACAGAAAAUAGCCCAACAGCUUGUCUGCUUAAGAAAUAAGUUGAUUAAUACAUGGAAAGAAAUCCGUGACCAAAUAGAAGGAAACGAUUGAUCAUUAAACUUCGAAAAGCAAGAUCUAGCCAACUUUUCUUCACUUUUUGAGCGUCUCAAAAAGACUAACCUCAUCUCUACCCACAAGGCUUGGGAAAUCCCAGUCAAAACUCACACAAAUCCUCUGUACGAAGGUGGAGAGCUGACAGAUGAUAAUAAUGAAACUGAUCAGAAAUAA